ACUUACAGCAGCUUCUAAUCCUAAGCUUCUCUUAACUAUUCUAUGCGCGCACCACUACUACUUCCUGGAUCUCGCGCGCCACUUCUACGAUGCAGCCGCCGCCGCGGAACCAGCCCAAACGCCGCCGGCUGCUCGCUCUCCCGGCGGUGUGCCCGUGCGAGGGCAUCGCGCCGGAGCCCCUGCUCGCCUCCCUCCUCUCCCUCGCGGCCGACGUGGCGAGCCGCAGGGCCAGCGACGCCCCGGUGCUCCGCCGCGCAGUCCGCCAGGCGGUGCGCCUCGCGGGCCUCCUGCUCGCGUUCCUCGAGGAGGUUCGGGACGCGGCCACGUCGACGCUGCCCUUCUCCGCCGUGCUCGGCCUCACGGAGCUGCACGUGGCCAUGCAGAAGAUGAGGUUCCUCCUCACGGACUGCGCGCGGCGGGGCGCGCGGCUGUGGGUGCUCGUCAACGCCAGACAAAUAGCGUCCGAGCUCAGGCUGUGUCUCGGGUCCGUCGCCGCGGCCAUGGACGUCCUGCCGAGGAGCGUCGUGGACGUGUCCGUGGAGGCAGGGGAGCUCGGGCGCUUGGUCGCCGAUCAGGCGUGGCGCGCGGUGGUGCGGCCUGACGCCGCCGACGAAUUAGCCCUGCGGAGCGUGCGUUCUAUCAUGGAUCAGUUCAGGAAAGGCGUCGCGCCGGAUGCCGAGGAUGUGGUGCGGGUGCUACGACGGAUCGGGGUCCAGACCUGGUCCCAGUGCUCGGAGGAGGUCGCGUUCCUGGAUGGCGAGCUGGCCGCGCGCUCCGACGACGGCGACGAGAACAGCAGCGAAGUGGUGCUCAUCAACGGCUUGAUGGCGUUCCUGGUGUACUGCCGCGUGGUGCUGUUCGAUCGCAUUGACUCGAAGCAGGCGGAUGCGGUGCGGCCGGCGACGUGCCCAGAUUGGAUCAGACCGGAGGCGCUGCAGUGCCCGAUCACGCUGGAGCUCAUGACCGACCCGGUGACGGUGUCCACGGGCCAGACGUACGACCGCGCGUCCAUCAGCCGGUGGAUGAAGGCCGGGUGCCGCACGUGCCCGGUCACCGGCGAGAGGCUCCGCACCGCCGACCUCGUCCCGAACGCCGCGCUGUGCGGGAUCAUCGAGGCGAUGCUUCUCAGCAACGGUGUCUCGCUUCCAGAGGCGAGCUCCACCAGGCAUCACCACGGCGACGUUGGCGGCUCCGCGGCGCCGUUCAGCGCGGCCGCCGCUGGCGCCGCGCGGCUCGCCGUCGCUCACAUCGUCGCGCAGUUCUCGACGGGGUCGACGGAGGAGCGGAGGAAGGCCACGUGCGAGGCACGGAAGCUCUCCAAGCACAGCCUGUUCUACCGGGCGCGCUUCGUCGAGGCCAACGCCGUGCCGUGGCUGCUGUGCCUCCUCUCCAUCAUGGACGCGUCCGUGCAGGACAAUGCGGUGGCGUCCCUCCUCAGCCUCUCCAAGCACCCCGGUGGCCGGGAGGCGCUCGUCGAGGCCGGAGGCAUCGGCCUCGUGGUCGACGUCGUCAACGUCGGCGCCAAGGCCGAGACGCAGCAGAACGCCGUGGCCAUCCUGUUCUACCUCUCGUCCAACGCCGAGUACGCCGAGGAGAUCGGCCGCUUCCCGGAGGCCAUACCGACGCUCGUGCGGCUCAUCCGGGAGGGCGCGCAGCGCGGCCGGAAGAACGCCAUGGUCAGCCUCUACGGGCUACUUCAGUCCCCGAGCAACCACGCAAAGGCCGUCGCCGCCGGCGCCGUGGCAGCCCUCGCGGGACUCCUUUCCAGCGACCGCGACGGUGACCUCGCCAGCGACACCGUUUCGGUGCUGGCGAGGAUCGCCGAGCAGCCGGCGGGCGCGCUGGCCGUGCUCUCGAGCGCGGGGCUAGUGGCGCGCCUCGUCGAGUUCCUCGCCGCGUCCGCGUCUCGGUCCGGGAAGGACCACUGCGUAGGGCUGCUCGUCUUGCUGUGCCGGCACGGCGGCGAAAAGGUUGUCGCGCUGCUGGGAGGCAUGCGGGGGCUGAUGGGGUCGCUGCACUCGCUCGUCGCCGACGGCAGCCCGACCACGAGCAAGAAGGCGCGGUCGCUGAUCAACGUCAUCCACCGGCAUUUCGAAAUGAGCAGGCCGUCGUCAUUGCCGGCGCCGGUGCCGGACGCCGGCCGUGAACGGAUCGUUCGCGUUGUGCAAUAGCGCGCGACGAGACCUCUCCUAGGUAAGCGAACUACAUAGUACAGCGUGAUGGAUACGUGACCAUUUUUUGCCUCUAUCUUAGCUCGAGUUUUAGAAGAGCUGAGGUUGAAUUUUGCUCCCUUUUCCCCAUUCCUUUUGUUAUACGCCGCUAUUGCUAUCCACGUGCAUACGCAGAUUGGAGUUGCUGUUUUGUAACGCAGUUGUUGUACAUAUCUGUGACACAUCGGCUUUUCUAUUCACUGUGAUGAUUUCAA